GCUGGAAUCAGGCUGACUUAGGCUUGAAUCCCAGAUCCUCCAUUAACUCAGUGUAUCCCUUGCACUAAUUUACUUAACCUCUCUGAGCCUUUUAAUUCACUUGUAAAAUGAGGAAAUAAUAGUACCUACUUCAAGAGGUUACUAAAAGGAUUAACCAACAUAACAGAUUCAGAGUGUUUGGCAUAGCUUCUAACAUGGGAUAUUUGAUAUUAAUUCCUCUCCUGGAGCGCAGUCCCAUGCCCAGAGCCAAACCUUUGUUUAAAGACCGAGCACCCAUAUAUACCCUUAGCUCUAACCUACCCUGAGGCCAGUAACAUCAUGUAGGACCAUUCCCUGUGCCUCAUAUUCAUACCUCAGCCAGCUCAGACGAUGACCGACUUUAUGGGACAGCUCUACAUGCUGGGCCAGCAUAGGAAAGGAUGCUCCCCAUACAGAAGUGGUCUUCCUAGGCAUGCAGGAGACUCUCAAAAGGGACUCAAGAGAAGACUCUUUAGACAGAUAAGAGGCAGAGUCAGAGAGUAGCUACUAGAAAGGCUCUCCAGAGUGGUUCUUCUCUGAGGAAAAAACACUCUUCUUCUCCAGCAAACACCAGGUUGAGAUCUCUGGACAGAGACACAAGGGGAAAUCACACAUAGAUUAGGGCUGCAGUAGGUAAGUGCCAAACAGACACAGAUCUCCCUAGGACAUGGAGUGGUGCAUGAAGAAAAAUUUCCUCAAAUUUACCUGGGUAAUUCUGGCUUCCUGAAAGUCCUCUCCAGUUACUAAGGCAACAUUGUCCCAAUUAGAUUCUUAUCCUCCACAUUGUCACCACUCAGCAUGACACCCUCCUACACAUACACCUGGUAUUCAUUGCAAUUGUAACCCACUCAUUAAUAAUGGGUUUCAACCUAGGCUGUACAUCAGAGUUGCCUGAGGAGCUUUUAGAAAUCCUGAUGCCCAGGCACACUCCAGACCAAUUAAAUUAGAAUCUCAGAGGGUAGGAUCCAGGCAUCUAUAGUUUUUAAAGCUCCUAGGUAAUUCCAAAGUAUGACCAAGGUUAAGAACUACUGUUUGGUUCUCAGUCUAAGUCCUGAUCUAUACUUCCAGUGUGUCCUUCAGGACCCCUAUCCAACCUCAUGAAGAAGUCACCUGCAGCUAAUAAGGCAGCACAGCAAAUUGAUUCAAUAAGGCUGCUGAAGGGGGAAGCCUGAUUCUGCUUCCUUUAAGAACUCAGACCAAGAACUACACACACACACACACACACACACACACACACACACACACACACACAAAUGCACUCAAGCACCCCUGCAUUUUCCUCCCCUAAGGAGGAGAAUGGAUAAGUGACUCAAGGGUAUGGACUCAUGCUGUGCAUAUAGUGAGGCUAGGAAAGUGACUGCCCUCCCCUCACCCAAAGCCCCAUUAUCUAGUAGGACCUCUAUGACCUCAUGCUAUAGUAGGUCAAAGCCUAAGGCCUGGGGCCUCACCUCUCUGGGCAGCUUGGGGUUCCUGCAGCAGCCACUGCCCUGCCUAACCUCUCCCAUACCCCACCAUGUUGGUUGGUACCCCCCACCUGCUGACACUGGAUGAAGCUGAUGCCACCUGGACCCUCAUCAAGGAUAAAGUUAUCGAGGAGCGCUUUGGGCCCAAUGUAGUGGCAGUACCUUUCCUGUCGGAUGCAGCCUGCUAUGACCUACUGGGUGUGCUAGUGAAGCAGUCCCGACCAGCCCACACACGCCUGGCUUUACCAAGUCGGCAGGGUCGGCGGGCACUACAACCAGUAGGGCCACUACCAAACCUCCUGGAGCAGGUAGGAUCUAAGGGUGCCUUUGCCCACUGCACUCGGGAAUACUCACCAAACGGCCGGGAAGAGAUAGCCUAUGAAGAAACGCGACUAUUGGAUGGGCAGCCCUGCAGGAUCCGCCUGCACAUGGGUGGUCUGCGCAAGAAGGUGGCUUUCCUGCUGCUGCCACCAGCUCAGGUGAGCCUACAGCAAAAUCUUCCCUGGCUCCGAAGCACCCACAGCAUCUAUGUCAUCUACCAGGUCUUCUCCUGUUCCUGGCUGCAGCUGGGGCUGUUGCCUACAGCCCAAGAGCCCCAGCUGCUCCGGUUACAACGGUCCCUGCCUGUUGCCUUCUCCUGCCUCAAGUUUUCACUGCAGCCCAAAGGAGUGCUGGGACCACAGAAGCCUCUGACCAAAGAUCCACUGCCCCAUGGGGCCAACUGGGUCAGACCCAACCUUGGGAUCAUGCCACCUCUGGCCCCCAUGUCAACCCCUACCGACACCCCUGAAGCUACUGAUGUGCCCCCACCUGCCCCAGCCCCACCUACACCACCUCCUCAGAAAAGGCCAGAAGGCAGACCCACCAGAUUCUCCUACAAGGGCCGAAACCCCUUCCGCAGGGGGCCCCAGAUGCUGUCAGGGUCUGUCCUCAGAGUUCGACAGCGACGAAUGAAGCUGAGGCGAGAGAUUCAGGGGGCAAGGCCCCCAAGAUCUGGCAUAGGGAUACUGGUCCCCAAUAAACAUCAGCUGCUGCUCCCCCAAACCAUCCUGGGCCCAUGCUGCUUCUUCCGUCUUGGGGCUGGAGAAGAGUCCCUACUUUUUUCCCCUAGGCUCCAUGACCCCCUCACCCUUUAACGGUGUAAGAAGCACCUUAAAACCAAUGUCCUCAUGAGAGAGAAAAUACCCCUGACCUCCUAUUUAUGUACAACCUUCCUGGGGCCCCAGCCCCAGAGAAAAAGGGUGGGAAAGAAGAAUGAGCAGAGAAUAGAGAUUUCCCUUUUAUACAUAUUGCAACAAGUUCUCCAUAAAACAUUCAUCAGAAAUAAAUUAAAAAGUCCUCUUACCACUGCCUCCAAACAUAAAAAGGAGCCUAUACCCCGGCCCCAGCCCAGGCCACUGGAGGCCCUGAUUGUCCAUGGAAGAAAGUUAAGGAUUGAGGGGCCCGAAGCCUGAGACAGGAGGACCAGAUCCCUCCUCUGAAGUAUCCAACAAGAAAGGCGAGGUGACAGCAUGGGCCUGGGAAAUGGCAGCCAACUCCUUGAGAAAUUCAGGGAAAAUGACUGCACAGUAGACAGCAUUCUUGACUCGCAGAGCCUCACCUUGGCGCUCAGGGGCCCCACCCCGAGGGGGUAGAACCGGAGUUGAAGCCCCAGGGGAGCCCCCACCUAGGCCAAGUCCUGCGCCGUCUCUCCCAGGCUGAAGAACCAACUGUGCCGCCUGCCGGGCCCUGGUUGGACUGUGUGCAUGCCGCAGGAGCAACUCCCCCAAGGAUGGCCUCCGGCUCUUCACUGGGAAUAAAUGGGUAUCAGGGAUCGUGAAGGUGCUGGGGUAAGGCAUGCUCUCUCGGUCUGAGAGAUGCCCCCCUCCCUGGGUUCACAGUAACCUGGACUAGGACUCUAAAACCAAAAUGCUGCCUGCCCAGCAUUUUUCCCUCCAUCCAGCCUCCCCACCAAGCCAACCAUCACCCUUAGUCUUCUCGGUCAGUCAACACAACUGCUUCAUUCCCAACCAAGACCCCUUCUCCAUGCCCUCUCACCCUGAGGGACUCUCUAACUGCUCCUCCCUUUCCAAUCGCUAUUCUACCAUCACUAAGCUAUUUCUCCUCAGUCCAUAACACAGGCUUACCUUAUGCUCCUGAACUAUCUAUAACACAGGACCCACAGCCUCUACUCCUUCAACACCUACAGGGCGUAUAUCCAAUCACAGUACAGGGGCUUUACCACUUCCAUCAUACUCCACUAUUCCUCCAGAAUCUGAUCUCCUGUGCCAUCACUUCGCCAACCACCAGUCUCUCUCCUAGAUCCACCAAAGCCUACUCCCACCUCAUGUCAGUUUAGGCAACUUCACAUGGCCAGACAAACUUCACCUCACUUUAGACUCAAAGGAACCAUUUAAAACACUGCUGUCUCUCCUAAUUUUCUUCCUAGAUUCCUGUCUCUGGAUCUUUGUCCCAUCUCUAGGGCCUAGACUCUAGGGAUCUAGUCUCUAGAUCAUGUUACAGUUCCCACUCUCUAUCUCUAAUACUGGCUACAGAGGUACGCUGUACAGGCCAACUAAAUACAGCAUUCAGAACCCUUCACAACCAGGCUCACAUGCCCCCUCUAACCCCUUCUCCAAACUCUUUACACCCACUCCUGCUUUUGUGCCCAAACAGAUCUGCUCUUCCUGGAACCCUCCAGGCUUCUUUCUUGCUUUUGUAGCCUUCUAGGUCUUAAUUUUGCUCUCCCCACUGUUUUCAUCAUCCUUGGCCUAAUCUUAUUAUCCCCACCCCUCUGAAAAACCUCUGAUUUGCCCUCCACUGACUUCCCAUUUCACUGCCUUUAUCAUACUGUACUGUAAUAACCUGUUUCUAGUUUAUAUAUAGGUCGUCUAUCUCAUACAGUAAUCUGUGAGCUCAAGGGCUUAGACUCUUAUUUAUUCUACAGUGAACACAAUACUAGCACUAUGGAAAUAAGACAUCUUCACAUGAGGAAAUCAUGCUAAGGAACUAUAAUAACCGUUCUGGUACUGUCUUCCCAACCCACAUCUCUCAUACCUCCAUCUCACCCCUGCUCUCUUGCUCUUAGCAUAUUAUUUUCCUUCCUACUUUGAUUAGCAAAUAAACGACUUCAAUUUCCUGACUUUUCCCUCCACACCUCACAACUCCAUGGGUAUGUAUCACUUCCUCCUUUGAUCUAUCCUCAUUUGCCUCAAAAGGAGGAAAAAAAAUCUUUUCCUGCCCAAAGUUAAUCCUUUCCUGGUGCAACGGAUCCCACUAUUCCACCACCUUUGGGACCUUGCUUUCCCAGUUAUGACUUUUCUCUAGUCACUCUCCAGACUGACUGUCAGCUCUUUAAAAGCAGAGGUCUCAUCUUAUACCUCCCUGAGUAGCCUGUACCAAAGACAAUGGCUAGUACAUACAGCAAAUGCUCAGACACUUGCAGAUGGAAGAUCUAGAUUUAAAACUGCAUGGUCACAUUUAACUCUUCCUUCCUCCUUGUGCCUCACAACCAUUCACCAAACUCUGCCAAGACUUCCUUUUCAUUUCCACAUUAUCAAAUUCUUCCUUCCUGUUCCCACUAUUCUAAUUCAAGCCUUGCAGGUCACAGAUGCAUUUCAGCAGAAACCUCCUGACUCUAUUCUCUCCUGGCUUCAAUUCACUUAGCACAUGAACUAAUAUGCUUAUCUCUCCACUCUCAUAUCUAAGAACCUCCAGUGGGUUCUCACUGCCCAAAAGAUCACAACUUCUACCCAGUCCAACUCCUAAUCUGAGAACCUAAUCUGAACUCUGGCCACAUCUUUCCAGCCUUAUUGCCAACUGUUUCACCACCUUCCAAAUCCCCUGUUCCAACAAAAUAGUUCGUGCUGUUGCCUGGACAAAAGAAAAAAGCCAUCCCACUCCUUUGGCUACCCAAGUCUUAUCUAUCUCAAGAACCAUGUCAAAUGCCAUUCCUGUUCCCAAGCUGUAACAAUACCUCAACCUAGAGACUACUCUGUCCCCUUGCCUGUCUUACUACUUCAGCAGUUUUUGCAAGUGCUGCUGAUUUGGCUCUUAGAGGACACAACUGUAUUUUAUCCUGUGACCAGAAGCCACAGGACAAACAUCAAGACUCAAUUUUCUACAACUCCUCAGUUCAUGGCACAAGGUUUCACCCUUAAUAAGAGUUCAAUUAACCUGGGCUAAUUAGCUAUCUAGGGAAGGUAGGAAGAGGACUGGAGUGGUGGGGUAGGCCUCACCUAGGGGAUCGGAGCGGCGGGGGGUAGGUCCUGCUGCAGGGCCCUCGGCCCAGUCCAACUUGCCACGGGCAAUGAGGUACUUCUUGGCUUUGGAUAGCAGUGCUGGGAAGUCCUCCUGGGAGGCCGCAAAGCUCUCAAUUUUAUUCUUCACAGAACCCAGCACCUAUGAAGCACAACUUCAUGACAUUUCUGUGUGGCUCUACACUGACGGUCCUUUCUAAUCCCACUGGGCCUGUUCCCAGCCCCCCCAGGGUCACUCCAGCUGCGGGCCUGGCCCACCAUGGAGCCUGGACGCACCCAUGCAUGCAUGCAUCGCACACCUGCAGCAGGGACUUGACACUGGGCUGGAAGACCAUGUUGGUGUUGAGCAGGAAAGAGCGGAGCAGGGGCUGGGGGUGACAGGCCAGCUGGGCCACCAGCCCCGUCAGCAGGAAGUUGACAUAGACGGAGUUCUGCAGCAUGUUCUCGAGUUUGGCAAAGAGCACAGCCAUGAAGGGGCCUGGGGAGGUUGGGCACAAGGAUACAAGGCCUGAACACAAUGCACAUCACACGCAUUCCUCCCAAAACCGAGAGACCCCCCGCCACUAGAUGAAAAUCAUUUGUAUGUCAGUGUCUGGGUUAUAUUUAAGUAUCCUGUGAUCACCUACUCUGGAAGAGAUGAAAUGGUAGAUACCAUGUGGACCCAAAAGUCCACAUGCCAGCUUUACACUCAGGAUGAAGAGCCAGAUCAUAGGCUCUGGAGUCAGACAGACCUGGUUUCAAAUUCCAGCUUUAUCCUUUACUAGUUAAGCUGCUGGAUGAAUCAAAAUUCUCUAAGCAUAGUGUCCUACUUAACAAAAUAAAAUAUACCCACCUCACAGGGUUAUUAAAAGGAUCAAAGAAAUAUUCCUAUAAAGCAGUUAGCCCAAGAUGUAGCAAAUUAUAAGUUUUCAGUAAUAACUAUACACUACAUAAUGUCUCUCAGUAUUUUACCCAAGAGACAUAACAGAAGAAAGAACAAGCAAGAAAGUGAUUAGGACCAAAAGAAGAAACAAGUUACACACAAGACAGAGGAUAACACUACACCUGGAUCAGAAAGAAAGCAAGAAUGAACUGUAACAAAGACAAAGGUAACUACGAAGGCCAACUUAAAAGAUAGGGGAGAAAUCUCUGGGAGCCCCAAAGAAGAAAUCAGCUCUGUUCAGGAACUGGGAACCAAGAAGGUAGAAGAGAAUUUAUAGAAAAAAGUUUAGUUCAGAGCCAGAGAAAACUGACUCAGAACAGACUCUUUGCUGGGUGAGAGGAUAACAGAAGGGAUUAGAAUGAUCUACUGGGAGAAGUGGCCUCAACUGAGCCAGAUCACCAGCAGGAGGACUCUAGAGCCAUCAGUCUGUCUGACCAGUGAUCUGUAAGGGAAAGGGAUUAAACCUAAGAACUGCACCAUGAACUGAGACAGGAGAGCAACAAAGGGAAAGAGGCAAUGAAUUCCAAAAAAGAUCCUAGAACAUUCUCCACUCCAAAUGCACGUGACUGGCCUUAGCUCCAUACAACUCUAGCUUAACAGGGUCCUAAGACACCCCAUAACUCUGUCCUUCUGUUUCUCUCAUUUCCUGGGACUUUCUUACAUGAGAAAAUUCAAAAAGCUCAGAAGAGUUUACAAGAAGAAAAGGGACACAGCUUCAAUUAAUGUUUCAAGAAUGUGGUAAAACCUGCAUACUACCUUCUAAUGGUACUGAGCAGGAAGAAGCAAAGCUUAAAUAAAUGGAAACACAUA